AUGGCGAAUCUUAAUUUUGCGCAUUCAGAUGCGCCGUUGCGAACAAUCCAGGAGAUACAAUUUGGUCUCUUCUCUCCCGAGGAGAUCAAAAGUAUGAGUGUCGCUCAUAUCUUGUAUCCUGAGACUAUGGAUGAGAGUAAGAUGAAGCCGAGAGAACAAGGUCUUAACGAUCCCCGACUUGGUUCAAUUGACAGACAAUUCAAAUGUGCUACUUGUGAUCAAAAUAUGUCGGAAUGUCCAGGUCAUUUCGGUCACAUCGAAUUGGCGAAACCUGUUUUCCAUCCUGGUUUCUUGAAAAAGACGAAGAAACUUUUGGAAAUGGUCUGCCACAAUUGUGGUAAAGUAAAACUAGACAGGGGCAAUCCAGCUUACAAGGCAGCCGUUUCUAUUCGUGAUCCUAAGCGCAGAUUCGAGGCGAUAUGGAAGCUCUGCAAGACUAAGAUGAUCUGUGAUAGUGACGUUCAAGUCGAGGAGGAGAUUAUCGACCCAAAUGAACCUCCGAAAAUUCCGCAUGGAGGAUGUGGUAAUAUUCAGCCUGAAGUCCGUCAAACUGCUCUGGCCCUCACGGGUACGUGGAAGGCGCCGAAGGAUGAAGACGGAGAGGCUGUACAACCUGAUAAGAGAUCAAUCACUCCGGAUAUGGCUCUCAACGUCUUCCGCAGCAUGUCCACUGCAGAAAUUCAGGAUGUUGGAUUGAACGCAGAUUAUGCUCGUCCCGAAUGGAUGAUUAUCACUGUUCUUCCUGUCCCACCACCACCAGUUCGACCAAGUAUUUCCAUGGAUGGCACUGGUCAGGGUAUGCGAGGAGAAGAUGAUUUGACAUACAAAUUGGGUGAUAUCAUUCGCGCGAAUGGUAAUGUUCGCCAAGCACAACAAGAAGGUUCGCCUCAGCACAUUCUACAAGACUUUGAAACUCUGCUGCAAUAUCACGUCGCAACCUACAUGGACAACGAUAUUGCUGGACAACCACCAGCUCUACAGAAGUCAGGUAGACCUGUCAAAUCCAUUCGUGCUCGUCUUAAGGGUAAGGAAGGUCGUCUUCGUGGAAAUUUGAUGGGAAAGCGUGUCGACUUUUCUGCUCGUACUGUCAUUACCGGUGACCCCAAUCUUUCCCUAGAUGAGGUUGGUGUUCCUCGAAGCAUUGCGAGAGUCCUCACAUAUCCGGAAACCGUUACACCACUGAACAUCGAUAAAUUGCAUCAGCUUGUCAAAAAUGGUCCAGAUGAGCAUCCUGGUGCCAAAUAUGUCAUCCGCUCUGAUGGUACACGUAUUGAUCUUCGUCAUCACAAGCGUGCAGGUGCAAUUUCACUUGAGUACGGUUGGAAGGUUGAGAGACACAUUGUUGAUGGUGACUUCAUUAUCUUCAAUCGUCAACCAUCAUUGCACAAGGAGUCUAUGAUGGGCCAUAGGGUUCGAGUUAUGCCUUACUCCACUUUCCGUCUUAAUUUGUCUGUUACUUCACCAUAUAACGCAGAUUUCGAUGGAGACGAAAUGAACUUGCAUGUUCCACAAACAUAUGAGACUCGUGCCGAGGUCAUGAAUCUAUGUAUGGUACCGCUCAACAUCGUGUCUCCCCAGAGAAACGGUCCUCUUAUGGGUAUUGUCCAAGAUACACUGGCUGGUGUCUACAAGAUUUGCAGAAGAGAUGUCUUCAUCACAAAAGAACAUUUAAUGAACAUCUUGUUAUGGGUUCCAGACUGGGAUGGUGUCAUUCCCCAACCUGCCAUCCUUAAGCCACGGCCUAGAUGGACUGGAAAGCAAAUUGUCGGGUUGAUCAUUCCUAAGAUUGUCAACUCCUACAAUGCUAGCAAGGAUAAAGAUAAUAUGCAUGCGCCAUUGAACGAUGACGGCUGCUUGAUCCAAGAGGGACAGCUCAUGUAUGGUCUGAUGGCUAAGAAGAACGUCGGAGCCUCUGGUAAUGGCAUUGUCCACAUUGUCUUUAACGAACAGGGUCCAGAUGCUGCAAUGGCUUUCUUCAACGGUUGCCAGCGAGUCAUCAAUUAUUGGCUUCUUCACAAUGGUUUCAGCAUUGGUAUUGGUGAUACAAUUCCCAACAAAGAGACUAUUGAGCAGAUUGAGAAGGCUAUCGCCAAGCAGAAGGCUGAAGUCACAGAGCUUGUUGAGAAGGCUACUAGUAACGAACUUGAAUCUCUUCCUGGUAUGAACGUUCGUGAAACCUUUGAGAGUCAAGUCUCCAAAGCUUUGAACGAGGCUCGUAACACAGCUGGUACAAAGACUGAGGAUGGUCUGCUUGAUAUCAACAAUGCUGUACAAAUGGCUCGCUCUGGUUCUAAGGGUUCUACUAUCAACAUUUCUCAGAUGUCUGCCCUUGUAGGCCAACAAUCUGUAGAAGGUAAACGUAUUCCUUUCGGUUUCAAGUACCGCACUCUUCCACAUUUCACCAAGGACGAUUAUUCACCAGAAUCAAGAGGUUUUGUAGAGAACUCAUACCUUAGAGGUCUCACCCCAACAGAGUUCUUCUUCCACGCGAUGGCUGGUCGUGAAGGUUUGAUCGAUACCGCAGUUAAGACUGCAGAAACUGGUUACAUUCAACGUCGUCUUGUUAAAGCUCUUGAGGAUGUCAUGGCUAAAUAUGACGGUACUGUCCGUAACUCCCUCGGUGACAUCGUUCAAUUUGUCUAUGGUGAAGAUGGUCUAGAUGGUGUCAUCUUUGAGAAUCAAAAGAUGGACCAUAUCAACAUCAGCAACAAGGCAUUUAAUGAUCUCUUCAAACUCGAAAUUAUGUCUGAGCGGAUCUCAACGGAUGUCCUGGAGCAUGCUAACGAACUCUACGGAGAUCUUGAGACGCAACAAUUGCUUGAUUCAGAGUUUGCUGCCCUAGAAGAGGACAGAAGACUUCUUCGAGAUUUUGUACACACCCGAACCAAGGAGAAGGACGACGAUCACUUCCAACUUCCUUUGAAUAUCAUUCGAAUUAUUGACAGCGCACAGAGAUUGUUCAAGACAGAUGAUGGAAAGCGCAGUGACUUACAUCCCAGAGAUGUUAUUCCGAGAGUUCAACAAUUGCUCGACCGCAUGAUCAUCGUCCGUGGUACCGACGCACUUUCCGUUGAAGCUCAAUAUAAUGCCACAAUUUUCAUCAAGGCACAGUUUCGAUCUCGACUUGCUUACAAACGUAUUGCACUCGGUAUGCACCUCAAUAAGCUCGCGCUCGAGCACAUUCUUGGUGAGCUCGAGAGCCGUUUUACUAGGGCUCUGGUCAAUCCCGGCGAGAUGGUUGGUGUGCUUGCUGCACAGUCUAUUGGUGAACCAGCCACACAAAUGACUUUGAACACCUUCCAUUUCACUGGUAUUUCAUCCAAGAACGUUACUCUCGGUGUUCCACGUCUUAAGGAAAUCUUGAACAUCGCUCCGAAUAUCAAGACCCCGUCCAUGAUUGUUUAUCAAGAGGGCGCUGGUGCUAAUCAAGAGUCUGCCAAGUUAUUGCGUAGUGCCGUUGAACACACUACCUUACGCUCCGUUACGUAUGCUACUGAGAUCUACCAUGAUCCCGACAUUCAAUCCACUACCAUUGAAGAUGAUAUUGACAUGGUCGAGUCUUACUUCAUCAUUCCUGAAGAGCACCAUGAUUCUCCGGAUAACCAAUCCAGAUGGCUUCUUCGUCUUAUCCUCGACCGUCAAAAGAUGUUGGACAAAGGAUUAAAGGUUGAUGAUGUUGCCAUUAAGAUCAAGGAAAAUUACCCCAAGGAUUUAGCUGUCAUUUUCAGUGAUAACAAUGCCGAGCAACAAGUUAUUCGCAUUCGAAUGAUCAAGCAGCAUGAUUCCAAGUAUGAUGAUGAUGACAUUGAAGAAGAUAUCAUGCUUAAGCGUCUCGAAGCACAUAUCCUUGAUACCUUAACUCUUCGUGGAGUUUUGGGUAUUGACAGAGCUUUCUUGAACAAGGAUGUCAAACUCUUCGAGAAACCCGAUGGUAGAUUGGUUGCAAGCAGGGAUGACAAGGACUGUGAGGAAUGGUACCUCGAUACUAGUGGAACCUCGUUGAAGGACGUCUUGACCGUACCGGGCGUUGACCCUCGAAGAACCUAUUCGAAUCAUUUCAUUCAGGUUUUCGAGGUCUUCGGAAUUGAAGCUGCUCGGUCUGCGUUGAUGCGCGAAUUGACAAUGGUGUUGGCUUUCGAUGGUUCUUAUGUCAAUCAUCGCCAUCUUGCUCUGCUUACCGACAUUAUGACUUCGCGUGGUCACUUGAUGGCUAUCACUCGUCACGGUAUCAAUCGCGCAGACACAGGAGCUUUGAUGAGAUGUUCUUUCGAAGAAACCGUUGAGAUCUUACUCGAAGCCGCUGCCGUUGGUGAGUUGGACGACUGUCGUGGUAUUUCUGAGAAUGUUAUGCUUGGUCAGCUUGCUCCUAUGGGAACUGGAGAGAUGGACGUUUUACUUGAUCCAAAGAUGCUGGAAACUGUCAUCUCUGACAACAGUCGAAUGGGUCUCAUGGCAGGAAUUCCUGUCAAGGGUGGUGAAGGUGGCGCUGCAACUCCUUAUGAUGGCGCUUCUCCACUCAAUGAGGGUGGCUAUCUUGGUACGCCUGAUUACGGUGCUGCCUUUUCACCCAUCCAAAGUGCUGGUUCUGAUACGCCAAGUGGAUUUGCUACAGAGUACGGUGGAACUCCUGGCUUUGGUGGUGGCAUGAGUCCGUAUGGAGCUGGUUCUAGAAGCCCGGGUGGUGGUUAUUCUCCAACCAGUCCUUUCAACUCAUCUCCAGUCUCACCACAGUUCUCUCCUUCCAGUCCUGGUUACAGUCCAACUUCACCAAUGAUGGGAGGUGGUGCAAGCCCCGGGUACGCAGUUUCGCCUCGCUUCUCGCCAGUCAGCCCUGCGUUCACACCUACAUCUCCUGCCUAUAGUCCUACUAGUCCUAGUUUCGUGUCUCCGACUUCGCCUUCAUAUAGUCCGACGUCACCAAACUACUCGCCAACCUCUCCUAAUAUUCAUGGCUCGCCAACUAGUCCUUCAUAUAGCCCUACCUCACCAUCAUAUUCGCCAACUUCUCCCAACUAUAGUCCAUCUAGUCCAAAUUUCGCUGGAAAUAAAACUUCUCCAGGCUCAGGUCUCUCGCCUACCAGUCCUGUUUAUUCCCCAACCUCUCCAAAUUGGAGUCCAUCUUCGCCUCAACACCAAGGCGGUACUUCUCCAAAAUACUCUCCAACCAGUCCUUCUUACUCUCCUACUUCUCCUCAAUUUUCUCCCACGUCCCCUCGCGGAAACAACUGA